AUGCCAAUGAGGAUAAAGGUUCGCUCCUCCUCAGCUUUGGGAAGAUUAGAAACACGUCAUGUGACCAGCAUCCUCUCUGAAGCAGGAGGUGCAGCGGAGGGAACGAGAAACAUCCCCGGGUCACCGGGUCAAGCAGGGAAAGCAGAUGACUUCUCAGCACAUCGGUGGCAGCAUGUCAGCGAGGACAAAAGGGAACAACCUGAAUGGUUGGCGCGAGAGCUACUGAAACAGAACAGACGGAGACACUCAGUCACACUUGGAGAAAAACCUAAACUCAUCAGACCACAGCAGCACAGCAUUUGUUCCAUUCGCAGCCUCAAGAUCGAUGAGAGGACGUCACUCAAAGACCUCCAGAGACUAAAGAUAGCUUUUGAGGAAUUUGAUACGCAUGGCUUGAGAGGCAUUGAUGAAAGGAUUUUUGAACACAUAAUGAAGAAGUGCUUGGGUUUGCCCAGCACGAGCAAGACACAGCUCCACGAGUUAUUUAAAAAGAUUGAUCACUUCGAUCGAGGAACGAUUUCAUGGGGUGACGUCUGCACACAUGUGCUGCAGCAGUAUUACGAGAAGGAGGAAGCUGUGAGACGCAGCAAGCAGGUGGCCUUCAGGCUGCCAGCCACCAUGAAUGCCUGCGGUCACGGCGUUCCUAUUGUCAACAUCUGAUCCGUUGGUGACGACACCAUGUUAACAGUGUGUGAAGAUGUUUGGAGUCCUGAACUUUAACCCCAGAGGACCAAACAUUUGUUUAGCAAAGGAACUGCUAAGAAAAUAUCAAAGUGGGUUAGUGAUUUUGCUCUGAUGUUGAAGUACAACAAGUUGAUCAUUGGAACCGGGGACAGAGAGAUCCAAUUUUAUGAUCUCUCCACUUUAAAGCCUUGGCAUCAGAUCAGUGCCCUGGACACAAUACCUAUCUCCUUGUACUGUAGCGACACUGGCCAUGACAAAUGCUGCAUCCUGUAUGGAGACACAGAAGCAAAUUAUUUCCACACUCUUCGAGCGGUUGUGUCCUCGUCAAAUGAAAAAUCUUCUUCUAUUGUUGUAGGCUGCAUGCUGCCUCCAAUUGAUUUUGUAAAGCAGCUGAAGGAGAUCAGAGAGGCUUCCUGUGAUGGUAAAACUAGGAAGAAACGGCUGUAAAGCUGGACUCCGCAGGCCCGAGCAGCGUGUGAUCAGACUGUCUUCACCGUGUACAAAGGGGUGAAGACUUUUGACCUCUGUCACAGUUUGCUGGCUACUGCAGGCAUGGACAGGCAAAUACGCUUGUGGAAUCCACAUUUUUCCGAGGAAACGACUGGUAUUCUGAAAGGCCACUCUGCUCCCAUUUUCAACCUGUGCAUCGCGUCAGAGGACGGCCACAUCUUCUCCGUCUCCACAGAUGGCGCAGUAAAAAUAUGGCACAUUGAGGACCAGUGCUGCCUGUGCACAGCAGACCCCAAAGCCAGUGGGCUAUAUGGCGAUAUACUUGCAUGUUGCUAUUCCCCUGCUAUGAAAUCUGUGUACAUUGCAGCAGGCUGUAUGGCUGUGCUGACGCUGAACUUAAGGCCACGGCUUCACAGUCACUUCACUGAGUCGCAUAAUGAACCUGUAACGUGCUGCGGCUACAGCGAGGUGUUUCGCCAAGUCGUGAACUGCAGUGAGGGGUCGGUGGUGAAAGUAUGGGAUUUUGACACUGGGGAUCAGAUCUUUGAGUUUGGUGGAGCACAGGAUCUGACCGGCAUCACAUGCAUGACUUCGGAUUCUAAUGGGAGGAGGUAGGAUACAGGUGGAAGAGAUGGAUCCUUAAAGAUCUGGAACUUCAACAAUGGUCAAUGCCUGAAGACAUUAAAGAAGAACAGUAAAUGCCAUGUGGUGUGCGACUGCAUCUUUCUCAAAGUUCACAGAAAUGUCUUUAUCAUUUCUGUUGGAGGAGACCGGAAGAUUGACAUCUAUGCAGACAUUCCCGAGGAUCCUCAUCAUGUCCAGCCUUCAUGGCAGGAAGAUCUGAUAAAUGGCCAUAAAUUGGAGAUCCUUUAUGUGGUACAGUAUCCCCCAUCGCUCCUGGCCACUAGCAGCAAGGAUGGAGAGAUUAUAGUGUGGGAUCUGGUUUCUGGACAUAUACUCUGCCGGGUAGCAGCGCUGCACAAGAAUGCUGAAGGACUGGAUGCAAGCGUUCCAAGCAUAAUUUUCCUGCAGAACUCCAAACUGCAGCAGUUUUCCUCAACCACCUUUCUCCUGUCAUCUGGAGUCAGAGGCUGUGUAGAUCUCUGGAAUGUGCUCGGUGGAGGAGGACUUGUGAGCAGCUUCAAAGCUUCUAAAUUUAAUCAGAAGAUAACAAAGCUGGUUAAAACAGGCAAGGAGACACUGCUGUACGCAGUUGACAGAACUGGUUACAUUCACGUUUACAACAUGGUGAGGUUCGACCCUGAGAUCAAAUCACCCAGAGCUGAAAUCUCCUGGCGUGCCCACACCAGCAUAAUUACCGGCCUGCAGAUUGUUGACAGUGAUCAAGUGGUGCUUACCUCAUCCACCGACCAUACUGUGCGAAUUUGGAGUGCACAGGGAGAGUACAUAGGGACCUUUGGGCAGCGUGUGAUCUGGAACGUCCACAUCUCCUCGUCCUGGAUGCAUCCUCAUAUACCCUUCCAGGUUCUGACUGAUCCACUUAGUAUGCCGGAUUUUGACUUUCUGAAUGAAAAAUCGCAUCACUCAGAAUCCAUCAACCCUGACACGACUGAGGCUGAUAGAGGGGAGUUAAAGACUGUAGUUCCAGCUGAAGUGGCUCGUCCGGCCAGCAGAGUGCGUCCCUGUGCCUCGGACAGAGCGGUGAAGAUCCACCAGGGCACAAACCCACUCCCCGUCUCCCGUGAAAACUGUGACAAGGAAUAA